CAGAAUCACAAAAGCAAAUUCGUUGUUGAUAGCAAACUCCACCUGGACAUGUUGUCUAAUUAUAAAACUCAAAUCCCUAUUUCUCAGCAAUUCUGUUCAUUUAUGAUAACGAGAAAAAGUGUCAUCUCAGCACGUUGGUGAAACCAAGAAGAAGAAGAAGAACUUUGGGGUUUGGGUUGUGUGAAGGGAGAAGAGCUAUGGCACUGCUUUCUCUUUGACCAUUGCUCUCAUUCCUUCAACCACCUUUCAAUUUCCAAUUUUUAACAAAAGGGUCAUUGUCAAACUAUAUAAUAUAUAAUUUUUUUAUUAUAUAUUGGUAUGGCACAACAACAGGAACAUGAAGGAAAGCCUGAGUCUUCUUUGGAACCAGACAUGGGCACCAACUCCACCAUGAUUCCGUCAACUUCAUGGUUUACACCAAAGAGGUUACUGGCUAUAUUUUGUGUGAUUAACUUGUUAAACUAUUUGGACCGAGGAGCGAUAGCAAGCAAUGGGGUCAAUGGAAGUCAACGAACUUGUGAAGGUGGAACCUGCAAAUCUGGAACAGGAAUACAGGGGGAUUUUAACUUGAACAAUUUUGAGGAUGGAGUUCUAUCAUCUGCUUUUAUGGUUGGACUUCUUGUGGCUUCUCCAAUAUUUGCUUCUCUAGCAAAGAGUGUAAACCCAUUUAGACUUAUUGGAGUGGGAUUAUCAGUUUGGACCCUUGCAACCUUAUGUUGUGGAUUCUCUUUCAAUUUCUGGUCCAUUGCAGUCUGUCGCAUGCUAGUUGGUGUUGGUGAGGCUUCAUUUAUAAGUCUUGCAGCACCUUUCAUUGAUGACAAUGCCCCAGUUUCACAGAAAACGGCGUGGCUUGCGAUAUUUUACAUGUGUAUACCAGCAGGAUAUGCAAUUGGCUACAUCUAUGGUGGUUUGGUUGGAAAUCAUUUUGGUUGGCGUUAUGGAUUUUGGGUGGAAGCUAUAUUGAUGUCUCCAUUUGCUAUUUUGGGAUUUGUUAUGAAGCCUUUGCAGUUAAAAGGUUUUGCCCCUACUGAUUCAGAAAAGGCACUGACACUGGGGACAGUUGCAUCAGAAGUUUCAGAUGUGGGGGCUUCAAAUGGAAAAGAUGAAGCAUUGUCCUUGAAGGCAGAGUUCAGAGACAAAAGCUCACAUGAACCUUCCAGGUCAAAAUGCACAAUAUUAGAUCAGUUCUCAAGAUUUCUGAAAGACAUGAAAGAACUUUUGCUUGAUAAAGUUUUUGUUGUCAAUGUUCUAGGUUACAUAGCAUACAACUUUGUAAUAGGUGCUUACUCAUAUUGGGGCCCUAAAGCUGGUUAUAGUAUAUAUAACAUGACUAAUGCAGAUAUGAUGUUUGGAGGAAUUACUGUUGUAUGUGGAAUAUUGGGCACCGUAGCAGGAGGCUUUGUUCUUGAUUUCAUGACUAACACAAUAUCAAAUGCAUUUAAGCUUCUCUCAAUAGCAACAUUUAUUGGUGGUGCAUGCUGUUUUGGUGCUUUCUUAUUUAAAAGCCAGUAUGGCUUCCUUGCCCUUUUUGCUGUUGGUGAACUACUUGUUUUUGCCACUCAGGGUCCUGUGAAUUAUGUAUGUCUCCAUUGUGUUAAACCAAGUUUGAGGCCGCUGUCUAUGGCUAUGUCUACUGUUGCUAUUCAUAUCUUUGGAGAUGUACCUUCCUCACCUCUUGUUGGACUUAUGCAGGAUAAAAUUAAUAACUGGAGAACGACCGCAUUGAUUCUAACAACUAUAUUCUUUCCAGCAGCAGCAAUAUGGUUCAUAGGAAUAUUUUUGCCCAGUGUGGAUAGAUUUAAUGAAGAUAGUGAGCAUGAAGUAUCAAGCGUGGAAAGGACAAGCACGGCACCAUUGCUUGAAGAGAACACUGCUGAAACAUCAGCAUCUGGUCAAUCCCGAGAAUGCUGAUUUCUUUGUAUAUUUUGAUGUCUGUCCAACUAGAAUUUUUUUCACAUAGUGAUGAUGGCACAUUGAAAUGUAAAUAGCAUUCUUUUUUAAUAUUAUUAUUAUUUUACCAAAUUUGCAUUUUUUUUAUGUGUAAGUAACUUUUGCUUUUGGUAAAGGAGAAAUUAAUCACUAGUCUAUAUUGGUAGCUUGUAUCCUCUGCUCUGCUAGAGAUUAUUCACCAUCAUUCUUGGACAUAACGUUGUAAAUACAUGUGAUAUAUCAAUUAGUCCAAAAUUUACUUUGUUCA